GGCUUCCCGAGGCCCCGAGUCAAAGCUGGGGCGGGUCCCUGGCUCCCGCACUUUCUAUUCCGCUUGCAGCCGUUUCUGUCGAGUAACCGCGGCUGAGAGAAGCCCGGAUCUGCGGUUUGAACCAGGAGAGGCCCCCGUUAUUUGGCCCAGGAAGUGACAAAGCCCCCUACACGAUGGGCGAGACGUUCUCCCAGCUGGGCUCUCAGGAGGACGAAAACAAGUCGAUCCUACCCCGUGAUUCAGCCAGCCAUGGUAGCAGCGAGUAUUUUUCUUCCUGUGCCCCUUGUGAAAGGGCUGCUAAUACCAGCUUUGUGACUUGUCCCACCUGCCAGGGCAAUAAGGAGAUCCCUCGAGAACUAGAGAAGCAGCUGGUGGCCCUCAUCCCCUAUGGGGACCAGAGGCUGAAGCCCAGGCACACGGAGCUCUCCGUGUUCCUGGCAGUGCUCAUCUGCCUGGUGACCUCCUCCCUCACCAUCUUUUUCCUGUUUCCCCGGUCCAUCGACACGCAGCCUGCAGGCCUCAACUCCUCCUCCACUGUGGCCUUGGACGAGACUGUCUACAUCAACAUAACGAAUAUCUUGAACAUCUCCAAUAGCAACUACUACCCCAUCACUGUGACCCAGCUAACCAUUGAGGUGCUGCACCUGUCCGUCGUGGUGGGGCAGGUCUCAAAUAGCCUCCUCCUCCACAUUGGCCCUUUGGCCAGUAAACAGAUGUUUUAUGCAGUAGCCAACAGGAUCUUGGAUGAAAACACAUACAAAAUCUGUAGCUGGCUGAAAAUCAAAGUCCACCAUGUGCUUUUGCACAUCCAGGGCACCGUGACCUAUAUCUGCUUGAGCCACUCAGAGCAGAAAGUCUUCCAGAGCUAUGAGUACGUGGACUGCCGGGAAAACACAUCAGGGCCCCACUUGCCGGUCCCUCACCUGCUGUGACCUGUCUGCUGUCCCCAAACUCUAGGCACCUGCCAGCCUGGUCUGUAUCUCUCACAACUCCGUGGGGCCCAAGGAGGACUGUGGUGACUUGGCCAAAGGAAAAGCCCUGCUUUAUCAUACCCUCCCACCCCACCCACACACAGGAAGCGCUCCGAUUCCCACAGGCACGGAAGCCAGGUUCUCCUGGGGGCUGCCACCAGGUCCUCCCCUGGGUCUGGCCUGAGGGAAGUCUGGCGUGAUGUUUCCUUGGAGUUAGAGUCCCUGGAGUGGCCCCUGCUCUUUCUGUUCUAGUUGCCCAGCUCCUCAGGUCUGGCCUUCCUCCUGCCUGAAUGUGAGAAAGCGUUGUAUCCAGCGUUAAAGACAUGAAUCUUUUCAGGUUCUCCACCUAGUGAUGGGAAAGCGACUUGGGGGGCAUGCAGUGCGGUCUCCAGGGUCUUUUGCAGAACACAGAUGCUCUCCUGUGCCUCCCUGUUUGGGUUGUGUGACAAAGUGAUGGUGAUGAUCGACUUUGCUCCUGGGAACUUGUCCCCUGCCCGUCUGACAGCUGGGUUGGCCGAGGCUCUGCAUCCUUCCUGGUUACAGACUGUCCUGGUUUCUAGGAAGACAGCUCCAGCUUCUUCCCCAUGAAACAGUUUAUUAUUCUCUUCAAAGCAGGAGCA